UGGUAUAAAUAGAAAAUGAUAAAAAAAAAAACCCUAAGUGAAAACCUAAUCCCUUCUCUCUUUCAUUCUCCCGAUCCCCCUCUCUCUGCCUUCUCUUUGUGCGGCGCCGGCGCUAAUGGUUCAAAUGAACCAGAAAACCCCAACCUCUCUCCCUCUUCCGUGUGUCUCUCUCGCUCCCGUUCUCUCUCUCUCUAUGCGUUUUCUCUUGCGCGGUGGCACUGCGUUUUUUUCUUAGAUUUGAAGGAGAUUUGUUCAAAAGAUGGAGAUUCAUCCCCGUCUACUAAAAAAGAUAUUCACCCUAAUCCAAAUGCUCAGAUUGCACAUCAAGGCUCCUUCUCGCAAGGUGUUGAUUAUGGAAAUUCUCAACGAUAUACUUGCUCAAGGGAUGUUGUUUGCCUGACCAUGGCUUUGAGGCGAAAGCUGAAGGCUUCGGUGCUCACUGCGUUCAUCAAUUUCGCUCUUACUCAGGGUCGGAGGUGCACAACUCGUUGGAAUUAUGAUGGCCACAACAUCGAUCUGGUCUGCGGCAGCUAUAGCCUAUAAUCUGAUCUAGUUUCUCCCUUGUUUUAUCUUUAUUUUUUUUUCCAGAAUUGUAUCAUUUAUUUUCCUGUAAUAAUCUUUGAUUUUGGUAUAAUUUUAAUGAAUUAUUGUAUAUUUUUUUGGAAUAAAAUCUGUAAUGAAUUAUGAUAUUUAAAUUUAGAAAUAUAUUAAUUCUAUUUAUUUUAAUCAA